AUGCUAUCCCAAAAUAUCGUCCCACUUCUUUCCAUCCUGCUCGGCCUUACUGUAACCGCCAAUGCCGCUGAUGCUAAUGCCUCUGUCGAUAGCCGGCUCGCCGCACGCGCGCCGGAUCCAAAUGCGCCGCCACUCUGCCGCCUCGCCGCCGACUGGGUCAUGAUAGCCGACGGCCGAUCCUCCACUUUCUCUUGGCCUUACGACCAAGUUCAGAUGAAAGUCUGGGUCAAGGACGACCAAAAGGCUGGAUGGAGCGGAUGGCCGGACGAUGCGACUGCUGUUCUCGAUAAUUUUGACAUCGACAACGAGAAAGGCGAAUGGAUCGAUCUAACCCAGGAUUCUGAGUAUAGUAGCACUUGUGAUGCUACGGAUCGAGGGCAAUGUUGGACCCAUCUCAAAGAUCGUCCUAUAUUGAGAGCUUCUCCGCAACAUGGUAAAAGGGAUGAUGGAUGGAAGGACUAUGACGGGGCCGUUACUGGGGAUCGGUUUACUAUGAGGGAUUAUAUUCAGUUUUAUUGGGGACCACCAAAUGCAGUGAAAUUAGCGUGGCAUACGGAUGAAAAUGGGAGUGAUGUUGAUGCGUAUAUUUAUGAUCAAAAGAAGAAUCCGUAUUGUCGGCUUCGUAGAGAUGAUCCUUCGAAGGGAGUCUCGUGGCAAUAUUAUAUCGAUGGUAGCCUUCACGUAUAUGUUCACGACAAGACUAAUCCCGCUUGGGCACUUGCAGAGGGAUGGGAAAUUCAAUGUCUGUUCUUCUGUCCCGUAUAA